AUGUCUCCCAAAGAAACAAGAGCCCUUAUACUCAACGAGCCUCCAGUUGGUGAGGUUGUUCUUGAAUUGGGCAAAGAAAACUCCACUUUCAAACUUGUAAACCAACCAUUGGAGCCAUUAUCCGAUGGCCAGGUUUUGGUCAAAACUCUUUAUAUGUCCAACGAUCCCACCCAGAGAAUGUGGAUUCAGAAGGGUCAGGACCCUGAGAGGAUGUACACUGCCCCAGUAUUGCCGGGCCAGAAAAUGCGGACUAGAGCAAUUGCCCAAGUUGUGGAGUCCAAGAGCGCUGAUUACAGCGUGGGAGAAUUUAUUCUUUCAGAGAUGUAUUGGGCAGAUUACUCUGUGCUUGAAGCAAGCCUGAUCCAAAGAAAAGUAGACAAUUCGAUUCCAUUGCCCUUAUACUUGUCUACCUUGGGUCUGAUUGGAAUGACGGCUUACUUUGGUCUUCUUGAAGUAGGUAAGGCUAAGAAGGGAGAUACCGUAGUGGUUUCUGCUGCUUCUGGGGCUACCGGGUCAAUGGUAGUUCAAAUUGCCAAGGCAAUUGGAUGUCAUGUCAUUGGUAUUUCCGGUGGUGAGGAAAAGUGUCGUUAUGUUGAAAGUAUUGGUGCCGAUGUUUGCGUCGAUUAUAAAGACCCCAAUUUCAAGGAAAAUAUCAAGAAGGCUCUUGGAGACAAGAAGUUCUGUGACAUCUACUAUGACAACGUUGGAGGAGAAAUCUUGGACGUAAUGCUCACUUUGACGAAAGUCAAUGGCACUAUUAUUGCCUGUGGUGCCAUUUCAGGUUACAACGACCCUGCCAAAUCGAAAAUUAACAACUGGUCGGAAAUCAUCCUCAACAGACUCACGGUCAGAGGAUUUAUCGUGAGUGACUUUAGGGACAAAUUUGCCGAUGCAGCCAACCAAAUCAACGCUUGGAUCAAGGAAGGAAAAGUUAAUGGCGACUCAUACAACUUGGUAGACUUGAGUGAAGAAUCCAAAUUUGGCGACAUUCCAAAGACUUGGAACUUGCUUUUCCAAAACGAGAAGAAACCAGGAAAGCUUUUGACGAAGCUUGCCGAUCCGGGGAAGAUAUAG